CUCGGCGUCCAUGGAACAGCGGCCUCGGCCGGGGAGCGAGUCGCGGCUCCGGGCCGGGCAGCCCCGAGGCCACGGUCCCCGCCGCGCCGAACCCGCCCGUCCUCUCCCGCUCGGACUGUCCCUUCCCUCGCCCGCCGGGGUCUGCCCAGCGACCGGUGACGGCCCCGGGCCUCCGCGUCGCCAUUGGCGGGACGCUCCCCCCCCCAGCCAAUCCCAGCGGGCCGGGGGCUCCCGCGGCGGGAGCUGGCUCCGCCCCCCGCGGCGUUCUCGGGUCCCGGGGCCGCGUCCGGCCGCGCUGCGGGGGGUCCGGGCCUGGCGCUGCGCCUCCUGCUGCCGCUGCUGGGGGCUGCAGCCCUGCCGGGGGCCCGAUCCCGAGGCAGCAGCUCAGACCCUGAGGAGCUCAGCAGCCCGUAUUGAGCUGGGCCAGCACUCCAGGCGUGUAUUGGACACGGUGGUGUCGGAGCCCGGCCCGGGGAUGCCCUGGUUCAGCCGUGUUGUGUACGUGGACGAUCAGGUCAUCUACGUCUACACCAGCGGGACGCAGAGGGUGGAGCCUGGCCCAGUGUGGAUGGCGCAAUACGAGGGUCCGGAGUUCUGGGACGAGAGGACCUGGUGGGGACAGCGCUACCAGAAAUGGUACAACGCGAGUCUGAACGCCCUGAGUCAGCUCUACAACCAGAGCGAGGGGUUUCACAUUAUCCAGACAAUAUUUGGCUGUGAUCUCCGGGAAGACAACACCACUCGGGGGUUUUAUCAGGAUUCGUAUGAUGGACGAGACUUUCUUACCUUCGAUAAGGAGACCAUGACUUGGGUAGCAGCAGAUAUUGGGGCUCAGAUCACCAAGAGGAGAUGGGAUGCUGAAAUAGGGGACAACCAGAGAUGGAAACGCUACCUGGAGGAGGACUGUAUUUCCUGGCUAAGGAGUUCUCUAGAGUACGGGAAGGAGAGACUACAAAGGAAAGUGCACCCAACAGCGAGAGUGAGCGACAGGUCAUCUCAUGACGGCCUCACCACCCUCUCCUGUAAGGUCAGUGGGUUCUACCCCCGGGACAUCACCGUGACCUGGCUGAAAAAUGGGGAGAGCAGACAGCAGGAGACCUACUCUGAAGGCAUCCUACCCAGUGGGGAUGGGACCUACCAGACCUGGGUGACAAUGGAGAUUGAUCCCAAGAUCAAAGCCCAUUAUUCAUGUCACGUGGAGCAUGAAAGCCUGUUAGAGCCACUCUCUGCCUCCUGGGAACCAAAUAACAAUCUGAUUCCCACUGUGGCUGGAGUUAUCACUGCAGUUGUCCUGAUUGGUGUUAUAAUCGGAGUAGUCGUCUGGAAAAAGAAAUACCCAGGGAAGAAGGGAGACGGCUAUGCUGUAGCUCAGGCAAACGACCAAGGAUCUAGUGGCUCUGACCUAUCUGCCAAGGCUUAACAGAGCCUGGUGGAGUCCGUGCCACGGCCUGAGGGGACCCCCGAGAGGAAGACGGAUGAGCUCUGCUCUGUCUCCCUACAAGAACCAGUCAACCCCUCCCUAGCUUUUCUCUGGCACUUGGAGCGUCCCGUGUGGGAUUUCUGGCCUCGUCUCUCUGCUCACUGAACCACGUUUUGCUUUUCAGAUGUCAUAGUUUUCUGUAAUAAUGUUUUAUUUGCACAAAAUAAUUUCCAACAUUUUACUGGAUUAAAAACUCUGUUAGUCAGA